CCUCUCCCACAUGUUCCACAGUGACGGCACUCUGUUCCAGAAGAACUACAGCAUGACGGCCGGCGUGGAGUUGCUGAUGAAAUGCGUCCUCAUCCCGGAGAGCAGCGACAGCGUGGAGCUCUACAUCCUGGACUCGGCAGGGAAGCAGGCGCUGGUGGACGCCUGCGAGAAGAUGUGGGGCGAGGCCUCCUUGGUGUGUCUGGUGUUCGACGUGACCAGCGAGUCGUCCUUCACCAACCUGAGCUUCUGGAUGGAGCGAGCCCGGGCGCGCUGCCCUGGGCGCCGCCUGCCAGGGGUUCUGGUGGGCAACAAGAGCGACCUGUCGUCCAGGAGGGAGGUCCCGGCCGCCGCGGCCCAGGACUGGGCCCAGAGCCACGGCUUGGACUACUACGAGACGUCAGCCAAGGAGAUGGAGAACUGUGAGGCCCCCCUCCUCGGCCUCGCCCAGGUGUUCCACGCUCUCUACCUGGAGCACCGCCAGUCCGUCCAGAACCUGAGUCCAGCUUAGACCCGGCCUCCGGUCCAGACCAGGACUGAGGAAGUGACCAUAUGUGGAGGAGAGACGUGGAGACCUGUCAAUCACCUUGUAGCCCCGCCCUACAGCAUCAUUUUCUAUAGACUUCUAUACAACCAGAGGAGUCGCCCGCUGGUGGUCAGGAGAGAGAAUGGAGAAUAUACUCCCUUUACCUUUUAUUCUAACCCAUGAAUGUGUGUUUGUAUUUAUGGCUGCAGUGCUUCCCUGGAUUAUUAUUAUUGUACACACACACACACACACACACACACCUACACACACACACACAGUCACACACACACACACACAACAUUCCUGAAGUUAAAAUGAAUAGAACUACUCGUUGUUUUUUGAGGUUGUGCUUCAUGUCUUAAACCUGCAUUCCCUCUAACGGCCACCAGGGGGCGCAGCCUCAGCUCUGAUCAGAGAACUGUGAACUUUCUCAACUGCUGGAGUUCAAUAAUUAAUAUUUGAAAUGUAAAUAUUUAAUAUAAAAAUGUAUCAUUUAACAAAUUAAUUUCAAUUCACUACUUAAGCCCCAUUGCUCCACCUGUGGGGCAGAUUUGAUGUUUUGUUCUAAACUGUCUAUAAUAUUAUAAUAAACAUGAGCAAAUAUA